ACUGCUGAAGUCGGCGUCGCGCGCGUACUAUUUUUUGCUAUUCGCUGCUCAAUUUUCUGCUCUCGAAGGAAUAAACAAACGAAACGGAACCCGUGGAAAAGCCAAUAAGUGUAGUGGAUAGCAAUCAAAGAGCGCGACGUCGCGGCUGUCAUUAUACGGCAAUUAAUCGAAUUAAAAUGCCUCAGUUGGCUAUCGAAUUUUGAAGUGCUGGUCGAAGUACACAGACAGCCGGAGUUGGCUGCCAUGAUGCGAUACUCGGAAAUCUCACGAGACCUGUCCACGGAUAAUCUGCGCUACUCAGAGUUAAGCAGAAAACCCACCACGGACUAUAAUGGAUAUACGGGACAGGCUUUUGCCUCGUCUCAGUUCAAGCAGAGCUCACCUCCUCCUCCGCAGCAACAGCAGCCAACUCGCCCGGGCAAACAACGGAGUCCGAGUGCCAAUGGAAAUGCCCACACCAUGGCUUGUCUACGCAAGGAAAAGACCCAAAAGGAACACCAGAUGGAACCGCCCAAUAUGCAACCGCAGGCCAGCAAAACCCUGAAUAUAAAGAGCACGCGGCGCAAGAACUCCAUCGGUUGUUUAAAUAGUUUCUCCUCCUCGCCAGACUCACCGGGCUGCUACUAUACAAUAGCAGCUUCGGCAGCACCGCCGUCCAAGUCGCAAAGUUUACCAGCCCACGGCUCCAUCAAGCAGUUGGAUGCGGUUAUCUUGAGCGCGUUACGUGUACCCGCCGAUGUGUUGGCCAAUCAGAUUACACUCCUGGAUUUUCCCGUCUUCGCCCAGAUCCAGCCGGACGAGCUGAGCAGUUGUGCUUGGACGAAAAAGGACAAACAUGUCAAUACCCCGAAUAUUGUGGCAUUUACCAAACGAUUCAACCACACGAGUUUUUGGACAGUGCAGGAGAUAUUGAAUGCCGAGCAGCCGAAGCAGAGAGCCGAGAUAAUGACUCACUUUAUAAAGGUGGCCAAAAAGCUCCAUGAGCUGAACAAUCUGCACUCGCUUUUUGCCAUUAUUUCGGCCAUGCAAAGCGCCAGCAUAUAUCGCCUGACGAAGACAUGGGCUUGCCUAUCGAAGAAGGAUCGCCACUCCUUUGAGCGACUCAGCGAUAUUUUCAGCGACCAGGACAACUGGGCGAAUCUGCGGUCCUACCUCGAGAGCCUGCGCCUGCCCUGCAUCCCCUAUCUGGGCCUCUUUCUCACCGACCUGAUCUACAUUGACUUGGCCCAUCCGCACAAAGGCGGAUUGGAACCAGAACAGCGUCGCAAUAAGAUGAACAAUAUAUUGCGUGUAAUCUCGAACUAUCAACAGUCGGACUAUAAGCAUCUGCAGAAGCAUGAUGCUACACAGAAGUAUCUUACCUCCAUAAGAUACAUAGAGGAGUUGCAGAAUAUAUUCGAGGAGGAUCAGUACAAGCGCUCUCUGAACCUGGAGCCUGCAUCGCCCUCUGGACCCAGUUCAUCGUCCUGCAGUUCUAAGGAAUCCUUCAACGUGGAAGCAGUUACUCCGGCCCUGGGCUGCCUGAAUCUCUCGCCGGCCAAAACCAUUGGCUCCAUGCGCAUGGCCAGUGGUACAAAGUUUGUUCCUGGUCAUCGCAAGUGUCGCAGUCUGGGCACCAAAUUUCGCAGCAGCAGCUUGCCGCGAAACUUUGCCCAGAAGUGCCAAUGCUGCAUCGUGAUGAUUGCGCCGGGCAUUGGCACCAUCUCCAACAAGCGUUGCAGAUGCCGUCGCAUUUUCGGCAAGAUCGCGCCACACAAUCACGGCGAUGGACAUCCACACCACCUGCACCUGGAACUGGAUCCCAGCCAAGUGCAGCCUCGCCACCAUCUGCUGGAUGAUUCGGUCUUGGAGCACAGCGACGCCUUGUCCCAAGCGGACCUAACCUCCCUGGAGAGUGCCGAGGGAAUUAUGUGUGAUUUUGGCGGAAGCGAUUGCGAUUUGAUGUCUCCGGAGGCAGCAGCCGCCAUGCAGGGAUGUGUCCGACGGAAAACGGUCCAGAAGGAGGGAAGGAAGCCAGCGGUGGCCUCCUGGCAGCGGUACUGGCUGCAGAUCUGGGCCAACUCGCUGGUGUAUUUCCCACCAAAGUCCUUUAAGGGCAGCGAAAGGAGCGACUUUAAAAGGGAACCGUGCAAAGUGUGUCCACUGGAUGGAUGGUAUGCCCAUGUCAGCGAUAAUACCAAGCACAAGAACACCUUUGAGCUGUGCCACCGAACCCUGGGCACCGUCUAUCGCUUUCGGACGGACAGUCCCCAGAUGACGCACCUCUGGUCGAAUGCCAUUUGCAAACUGGCCACCAUGCGGGUGCCCAAACCUCUGCCCACCAAUCUAAUGUCCUUCGAAUGAGCUGGGCCCUUAGAAAUCACAGGAACUCGAAUAUAUUGUACUCAUCGUAGCAUAGUAUACCUAGUUUAGUUAGCUUUAUCCCUUGAAACGUGCACAGCCAAAAAAAACACCCCCACCAAACCACUCACUCACUCCCUGGAACGAGGCAACCACAGAACAUUCCCACAACCACAACGAACGAACAAAUUGCAGCCUGCAUCUAGAUGAAUCGAUUUCAAAAUGGUAUUUCAAAAGACUGACACCGAAGGAGAACACGAAGAUAAAGUAGAGGAGGAGCAGUACCAGAAAAGUAGCCACACAAUCGCAAAGCAACAGACUAAUCCGACAACGCAGGGGAAUUAAAGUCCCAAAUAUGUAACGGCCCUGUUCUCAAAGUUGAAUUUUAUUUCAAUUUGCGGAAACGGAAUUGAGAAAAUAUCACGUCAUUGAAUAAACAUUGUUUUCAAUGACCCAGAACUUAAAAAUUCGUUUAAAGUUCUUUAAUUUUGAAGUUCUUCAACCAUUUUAAUUCCGAAUUCGCUUAACUUUGUAACAGGGCUGUCUCUUUGUUAAUGUGCUGUCCUUGCUGUAUUUUGUAUUUGUAAAAUUUAAUAUUAAGUAAAUUACUUGGACAUUUACUCAACUUAAUUUCGCGCUAAUCGUGCCAUAUUAGUUCUAAAUUUGUGUUCAACGAUUGUUGGCCAGCAAACGAAUCCGAAUUCGAUUUGCCCAACUCCUAACUUUGUAACAAAGAAUCAAAAAUCAAACGAACUUUCUACCCGUAACUGAGGGCUUUAAUAUUGUAUCGCUACCACUAUCAUGAUCGACAUCCGUUAAUCUGUAUAUCUGCCUUAAGUUGAUGCACUAUUCAUACUCACAUAGAGCUAAAAAUACAUAAAUACGUAUCCCACAAAUUGUAUGCGUGAAUUGUAGGAAAGGAAAGUAAUGUUAGUGUUUCUGUUUUUUUCUUUCUGUCGCGACGGCCUAAUGAAUUGUAACUCCUAAGCUUUGUCACACAUACAGAUUAUCAUUUGCAGCGUUUUUACAGUAGUUUAAGAAAGAAAUGCAACAAAAACAAAAUAAACCACAAAAGGAAAGAAA